GACGGCGUUACGUUUCAAGUCCAAUGACCUGCUAGUAUUCAAAAGGCCUGAGCUGAACAUCAAGCUGGGCAAGAUACUCGCACCCUCGUCCUCGAUAUACCCCCAAGAUUCCACUUGCUAUGGCUUCGAGAGGCAUGCCACUGGAUACUGCUGCUAUAUUUUCAACCGCGAUGGAAGGAAUCUUAUAUGGCUUUUCGGUCCUCAUGUUUGUGGGUACCAUGUGGGCAUUGACACGCAAACGUCGUAUGAAGGAGAUUAAUCGCACAAAUACUGCGGUGGCAUUUAUGCUGCUGAUCCUGAGCACCGCACACAUGAUAGUAGACAUCGUUCGUCUCGAACAGGGUCUGGUCACCUAUCGCGACACAUUUCCAGGGGGACCAGCGGCAUUCUUUGCAGAUGUUACCCAAAUCACAUUUGUGGUCAAGAAUAUAAUGUAUAGCUUGCAAACAAUGCUUGGCGAUGGAAUGGUGAUUUAUCGCUGUUACGUCGUCUGGCAAUCUGUGUGGAUUAUUAUUGCACCGAGUUUGUUGUGGAUCGCUAUGACAGUGUGUGCCUUUUGUGCAGACUACAAACUUUCAAACGCGACUAGCGAGGCUGGAGACGUCUUCGCCAAACCAACUGGUCAAUGGAUUACGGCCUUCUAUACCAUGUCACUUGCAAGUAAUUUAUUGGCUUCAGGAUGUCUGGCAUAUCGGAUCUGGAGGAUGGAACGUAAUAUAUCUGCAAUUCGCACUUCAAAUAAGUCCAUGAUGCCGAUAGUGCGCGUACUUGCUGAUGCCGCUAUUCUGUACUCUGUGACGAUCCUGACGGGAUUAGUGUGUUUCGUCGAAGCUAAUAACGGACAAUAUAUUAUACUAGACAUGACUAUGCCGAUUAUCUCUAUUGCCUUUUACAUGAUUAUCAUCCGGAUGGCAAUGAAGACAACACGUUACAAUAACACCUCGACUAUCGGGAUGGGUACCGAGACAGCACGAGAGAUUCCACAACAAUAUUAUAUGAAGCGUAUGCCAGUGGAGGUGCACAUAUCCCAGGUCACGCACCAGGACGAAACUUCCAAAUUGGCAUACUGAAAAAUGAGUUUUGAUCAUCAACGUUGGGUAUCGUACUGCUUCUGCGUGCUAUUUGUAUUUAACUUGUUGGAUAUGACUAUAUGUUUCACUCGCCAGGCUA